ACGCUGCGUAUUAUUUUCAGAAUUUGGCGCCAGGUUGUUUCAUGCUGGAAGGAAGGGUGGAAGCAGAGGCGCAGUUUGUUUGGACACAGUGACUCAUUAAGUCACGAAGACCGUGUGACAUCUCAACUGAAAUACAGUCGGUGUGAUAAUGUCACACAAUUCUACAGUUACGAAUUCUGGACUGUCACUUACGGACACUAUCUUCAAAGAGAAGUGAAAACGUGCCAACACCAUGUCCGUGGCAGUGGAAUCCUCCAUGUCUAGGGCGUCACUCCCCAUUCCCACUUUCUCCCAGGCAGAGCAGUCCUUCUCUCUUAAAAAGCGUCAUGUCCCUUUAUCCUUGUCAUCUUUGUCCAACUCGUCCGACUCUUCUCCUCUGCGGCUCUCGUAUUCUAUGCCACCGCUGCCUCCAUCUAAAGGAUGUCCCCCUCUGAGCAGGGUGUUCCACCCGCGUCCCUCCCCCUGGACGCCCCUGUCUGGUUCCCUUAAAAAGCUGCCCUGUCCAAAGUCUGUGUACGAUCCCAGCAAACAACAGUCCUUUUUCAGUCAGUGCUUCACCAAUUUGGGUCUACUGGGAAGAGGAUCAUUUGGAGAGGUCUUCAAGGUGCAAAGCAACGUGGACGGCCGCCUGUAUGCAGUGAAGUGCUCUGCCCAUCGCUUCAGAGGCAACAGUGAGAGGACCCGGAGUGUGAGGGAAGCCAGGAACCAUGAGCGUCUGUGUCCUCACCCUCACAUCCUGGACUUUGUGGCUGCCUGGGAGGAGUGUGGACGGCUGUACAUACAGACGGAGCUGUGCAGCACCAGCCUGCUGCUGCAUGCUGAGAACCAGCCUCCUGGACCAGGUCUGUAUGCAGAGGACAUUCAUUUAACACUCAUGUUGGUGACAUGAUGUAAUCUGAAUCUUACAAUAUGACAAUCUCAUGUAAUCCUGAACUAAAUAAUUGUAGUUCACAAUGUGUGAUUAUUGUAAAAGCUUUAGAAAUGUCUUCUAUCCAUAUUCUGUAAAAAAAAGCAUUAUAUCAUUAUCAAGAUAUUGUAAUGCCC